UGGACUCUGAAAACCCCCCCACUCGCCUCCUAAUGAACAAAAUCCGCUCUUCUCUCUUCCAUUUCCUCAAACUCUGUGUUCUCUUCUUUCUUAGCUCCUCCAAGCCUAUUUCAUUCUGUACAGAUCGAAACCAAUAUAUCACCUCCUACCCAUUACCUUCUUCCUCGCAUUUCUUGCACUCGAGUGCUUCCUUUCAAAGCCUCUCCCAAUCUACAUAGUCGACUUCUCCUGCCUCAGGCCUCCAAUGCGGUACCGAGCCCCUUCAUCUGGUUUCCUUGAGAAUGCCACUGUACUAAAAAUAUUCGACGAGGCAAGUAUUUCUUUCAUGGCCAAAGUCAUGGCUGUGGGCGGAUACGGGGAAGAGACCUACCUCCCACCUCUAUUACACUACAUCCCACCGAGAACCCGAAACCAGGACUCUAUACAAGAAGCCCACAUGCUCUACUUCCCCGUCAUGGACGACCUCCUUAAUAAAACCAACAUCUCCCCUCUUGAGAUCGACAUCCUCAUCGUGAACUGCAGCGGCUUCUGCCCUGCCCCUUCUCUAUCCUCCAUCAUUGUCAAUCGAUACACCAUGCGGUCUGAUGUGAAGACCUUCAACCUCUCCGGUAUGGGGUGCAGCGCAGGCUCCAUAGGCAUUAAUGUGGCACGUAACCUCUUGCAAGUCCAUAAGAACUCUUACGCUGUGAUUGUAAGCGGUGAGAUCAUCUCGACGGGUUGGUAUUCGGGUAAAGAUCGGAGUAAACUUCUCCUCAACUGCUCCUUCCGCAUGGGAAGCUCGGCCGUCUUGCUUACUAAUCGAAAGGCAGCAAAGGAGACAUCGAAAUACAAGAUUAUGCAUGUGGUAAGAACGCAAACAGCUUCUGACGACAAGGCCUACAAUGCUGCAAUCCGCAAAGAGGAUUCCGAAGGUAUAACUGGCUUCUCCCUUGACCGGCAAUUGUUUCAGUCAGUCGCCGAGUCACUCCACGCGAAUAUCACUGCUCUCGGUGCAGUAGUUCUGCCGCUUCAUGAGAAGAUCUGUUAUGUUGUGGUGUCUUUGCUGAAGAAAGACGUCUACAUACCUAAUUUCGGGUCCGUGGUACAGCAUUACUGUUUACCGUCGUCUGGGUUGGGGUUGAUAAGAGAGAUAGGGAAGGGAUUGAAGCUGAAAGGGAAGGAGACAGAGGGGGCGGCGGUGACAUUGCACCGGUUCGGGAACCUGUCAGCGGCUUCUUGGUGGUAUCAGAUGGCUUACAUUGAAGCUAAGGAAAGGGUAAAGAAGGGAGACAGAGUCUGGCAGUUGUGGAUGGGCAGUGGGAUCAAAUGUGCUAGUGUUGUGCUUGAAUGCCUGAGGAGUUUGGACGGUGAUGAUGAGAAGAAGAAGGGGCCUUGGUUUGACUGUGUUGACCCGCUACCCGAUUGCUGACGUCGAUACUUAGCUUUUGUUGCAAAUGUGUUUGUGGAUGUUAGAAGCAUGUUCCCAAAAUUAGGGUCAACGGUUGUGGAUAUGUUUGAAAAGUUUUAUCUUCAAUAUACUGGGGUUUCAUUAUGGCAAGAUCGCCCAAUUGUUUGGUUAUCCAUAGCAUUGGUAUUUUGGGUCCCACCAUGGAUGGACCAUGGUGCCGAAAUCUUCUAUAUUGGAAGAUCCUAGCUGGCAAUCUUGGCCUCUUUAUAGGCCAUUGGUCUUGAUCAUCGGGUCAAGUGUCGCAUAACCUCUAUCUGCUGUGUUUUGUUCCUUUCUUUAAAAUUAUUUAUACAUUGCUAAAGUCUGAUUGUUAGGCACUUCAAAAUUAUAAACUUCUCAUGCAUUACUCAAAUUAAACCUCAUAAAUUUGUGGAACACUGGAUAAGUCAUAACCAAAAACUCAUAUGCAUUGAGAGAUGUUAUACUCUGUGUUUAUACUUUAGGCUUGCUUUCUCU